GCCAAGGAAAACCAGAAGAUGGCCUCCUCCUCUGCUUCCACUUCGGCUACUCUCACUCUGUCAUCGAUUCAUCUCACCCAAGAACCAAAAUCAUCCCUCAUCUCCUCCUUCACUUUCAAACCUAACUCUAAGACCAAAACCCUGGUUUUACAAUCCCAAUCAGAAUGCAUUAGACCCACCAUUUUGAAGUCCGGUUUUGUAGGUUAUGCUUCUUCCAAGAAUUCCCCAUUUUUGGUUUCUGCGGUGUCUGCUGAAGCCGAAUUGGAUGAAGAUGUUGAUGAGGAAGUCGAAGGUGGCGGUGUCGCUACGGCCGCUCCUCCUUCCUCCACCAAGCCUAAGAAAGGAAAAGCUGCUUUGCCUCUUAAGAGAGACAGGACUAGGGCAAAGAGAUUCUUGGAAAUUCAAAAGCUGAGGGAGGUCAAGAAAGAGUAUGAUGUGAAAACUGCAGUAUCAUUGCUCAAGCAAAUGGCAACCACAAAGUUCACUGAAAGCGCAGAAGCACAUUUUCGUCUCAACAUUGACCCAAAAUAUAACGAUCAGCAGCUGAGAGCAACAGUAAAUUUGCCCAAGGGAACUGGGCAGGUUGUAAGGGUGGCUGUUCUAACUCAAGGUGAAAAGUUCGAUGAAGCAAAAAAUGCAGGAGCAGAUAUAGUUGGUGGAGAGGAUUUGAUAGAACAAAUUAAAGGAGGAUUCAUGGAUUUUGACAAACUGAUUGCAACUCCAGAUAUGAUGCCUAAGGUUGCCAGUCUUGGAAAGAUUUUGGGACCGAGAGGACUGAUGCCAAACCCUAAGGCUGGAACUGUUACAACCACUAUACCUCAGACCAUAGAGGAAUUUAAGAAAGGGAAAGUGGAAUUCAGAGCAGAUAAAACAGGAAUUGUUCACUUGCCAUUUGGGAAGGCCAAUUUUUCAGAAGAAGAUCUUCUAACAAACCUGAUGGCUGCAGUGAAAUCAGUGGAAUCAAACAAGCCAACUGGCGCAAAAGGAGUAUAUUGGAAAAGCGCGCAUAUAUGCUCAUCGAUGGGGCCUUCAAUCCGGUUAGAUAUAAAGGACAUGCUUGAUUUCAAGCUUCCAUAGGAUGUCUAAAGAAUAACCAUAGAAGAUGUAAAUUGAAUCAUCAUCUGCUGCUUGCUUAAUUAGCUUCUUGAGCUCUGUUCUUGAAAAAGGAAAGAGAAGUAAGGUCACAUGGUUGAUAGAGAAGUAAAAGAGCAAGAAAGCUGUUUCUUGGAUCAUUAGUGUUCUUCCUUUUUAUGCCAAUUCAACAAAACAUUUGCAAUUUGUAUGACUUAUUCUGGUUGAGAGUUUUUUUAAUAUUGGCUUUCCACA